AUGGCACGAACAACAUCGGACGUUCGAGGGCCCGCCGUCGAUGACUCGCAGGAGCCAUCGACGACCUUCAUAUUUGGCCCGCAUAUUGGGACCUUUACCAAGCAAUCAAUGGACAAACAUGUCCGGCCCAUAUCGCAAGGACCUCACCGAGAAUGGAUUCUAGAGGCAAUCGCCGGGCUGCCCGACUAUUGGGAAGCCCUCACGGAAAAGAUGCCUGAAGUCGGUGCAGCCAUUUCGGGCCACAAGCAGCUAGGCGACUUAGAUUCAUGGUUUCGACAAGGACAGACGGAUAUGUCGCCAGAUUCCCAGCUGCCCAACAUCAUCAUCACUCCUCUGGUGGUGCUCAUACAGCUCACGCAGUAUUGGCAAUACCUUGAGCUCACACAAGAUACGAGUGCCGGCGGAGACCUUCAUGCCAACCUGGUUUGCCAGCAGCAGAAGCAAUCACAAAACGUUAACAAGUUUGAAACCCUGGGAUUCUGUGGAGGCAUGCUGGGCGCCAUCGCUGUGGCCAGCGCGCAUAACCGGCAAGGGCUUGAAAAGUACGGCGCCGUGGCGGUACGUCUAGCGAUGCUCCUGGGCGCACUGGCCGACGCGCGCAACGUGUGGGACAGCAACAGGGGCAAGGGCCCGGCUACAUCAUUUGCAGUGGCAUGGAUUAGCCCCAAGCAGGGCGAAGACGUGCGGCGCAUCAUUGAGGCUCUGUCACCUGAUGCGUACCUGGCCGUUGUGUUUGAUGCCACCCGUGCCACAGUCAUCACAACUCAGACCACGGCGCCGCUACUAUCGAAGCGGCUUCGGGCAGAAGCUGGGGCGAUCGUACACGAUCUGGGCAUGCGGGCUUACAUUCACAGUCCUGAUCCGGCCUGGAAUAUCUAUGCCGACAUGCUCGUCGAAAUGUGCAAUUCAAUGAAGGAUUUGCAGUAUCCGGAUGUGGCCGAGAUGGCACUGUCAACAUAUAACAACCGCGCCGAAGGGAAGGCGGUGCAGGCUUCGAAUGUUACUGAAAUGCUUGUAAGGGGCAUUUUGGUGCAGCAGUGCGACUGGUUCGGAACUUUUUCGGCUAUGAUCAAGGAGAAGCAGCCGCUAUUGGUUACUUUGGGCCUGCAAAGGUGUGUACCUCCGAGUCUAAUGCGGCGAGUAGGAAAUCGGCAGGUGUACGUUCCUGAGGAUGCGGCACGUCUUUCACCACCUGUGAAGCCUCGAGCUGAGGCACAAGAGGAAUCUUCUGUCUCAUCUCCGGCGCAAUCCCACCAGCAGCUACCCUCACCGUCGGACCUUGACAGUGACAAGGACACGAUCGCCGUUAUUGGCAUGUCUGUUAAGACAGCGGGAGCCGAUGACCUGCUGGAGUUUGCCGAUAUGCUCAAAACGGGGAAGAGUCAGCACGAGCGUAUCACUAGAGACCGUAUACCGCACGAUAUGCUGUUUCGUGAAGACCCCGAAGGCCAGCGAGAAUGGUACGGCUGCUUUGUGCGUGACUCGGACGCUUUUGACCACAAGUUCUUCAAGCGUAGCCCACGCGAGUCCGUCGCCAUCGACCCACAAGGUCGCAUUGCACUUGAGCUGGCCUACCAGGCCGUGGAGCAGUCCGGCUACUUCUCAGCUUCUCAUGAAGACAGCCACGUCGGCGUCUACCACGGUGUAGCGGCCGUUGAUUACGAUCAGAACGCCUUUAGCAACGAGCCAAACGCUUUCACAGCCACUGGACAACUUAGAAGCUUCAUCAGCGGGAGGUUGUCGCACUUCUUUGGCUGGACCGGCCCAAGUAUGACGUUUGAUACAGCCUGCUCAUCUUCUAUGGUGGCUAUCCAUACAGCUUGUCUCAACCUCCUGGCUGGUGAAUGUACGGCUGCCCUCGCAGGUGGCUCCAGCAUCAUCACCAGCAUGCUUUGGCAUCAAGACAUGGCUGCUGGGAGCUUUCUCAGUCCAACAGGCCAAUGCAAGCCGUUUGAUGAUAAUGCGGAUGGAUACUGUCGCGCCGAGGGAUUUGGCUUUGUCUUUUUGAAGAAACUGUCGGAUGCGGUACGAGACGGCAAUACCGUACUGGCUACUAUUCCCAGCACAGCCGUUUACCAGAAUCAGAACUCCACGCCCUUGUUUGUGCCUAACUCACCGUCCCUUUCCCGUCUGCUCAAGGAUGUGGUGCGUAAGGCAGAUCUGGAAGCGAAAGAAGUGUCUUUCGUUGAGGCACAUGGCACGGGUACAGCUGUAGGCGAUCCGGCUGAGUAUGAUAGUAUCCGCUCCGCCCUCGGAGGGCCAGCGUCUGGCCGUGAAAGGAAUCUGGCCAUUGGAUCAGCCAAAGGAUUCGUGGGCCACGCGGAGGGGGCAUCAGGUGUUAUUUCACUCAUCAAGGUCAUUAUGAUGAUGCAACAACGCUUCAUUCCGCCCCAGGCCAGCCACACAAAUAUGAACCAUAACAUUGAUGUACGGCAGGAUGACAUGAUGGAGGUGGUCACUGAUCUGCGGUCAUGGGAUCACGACCACAAGGUUGCCCUCAUCAACAAUUACGGUGCAUGCGGUAGCAAUGCGUCCAUGAUUGUCGCUCAAGCAAAGGAGCCGUCGAGUCGCAUAUCCAGAAGCACCGAUGAGAACCGCCAAUAUCCCUUUUGGAUUCCCGGUCUUGAUUCUCGGGCCAUCACAGCUUACUGCACCAAAUUAGUUUCGUACCUGCCUUCAUUACACAACGGCCCCAGCUCGCUCGCUGAUAUCUCCUUCAAUAUCGGCCGACAGUCUAACCGUGGCCUGGCGGAGGGCUACAUCUUCACCUGCAGUUCUCUUACUGAGCUUGAUCAAAAGUUGCGGCUGGGGGCGGCGGCUUCUGACCUAGGUGCUGCUGGCAUCACUAAAGUCAAGGCUGAGAGGCCGGUCAUCCUGUGCUUUGGCGGCCAAAUUUCACUCUACGUUGGGCUAGGCCGUAAUUUUUAUGAAAGUAUGGCCGUCUUUCGCCAGCAUCUGGACCGUGUUGACUCGGUGGUGACGUCUCUGGGUGAACCGAGCAUCUUCCCAGGCAUUUUCUCGCGCGAACCUGUCCGGAAUCCCGUCAAGCUGCAGACUAUGUUGUUUGCAAUGCAGUACGCCUGCGCAAAGAGUUGGGAGGAUUGUGGUCUCAAGUCAAGAAUUGCAGCAGUUGUUGGCCAUUCUUUUGGUGAGAUUACUGCUCUAUGCGUGGCUGGUGCGCUGAAACUACAAGAUACCGUCCGCCUCGUCAUAGAGAGGGCCAAGUUGGUGCGCGAUUCGUGGGGACCUGAAUCGGGCGCAAUGAUGGCUAUUGAGGCCGAUGAGUCGGUCGUCCACGAACUUGUACAAGAGGCAAAUCGCACCCUUAAUUCAGAUGGCUCAGUUAGCAUUGCGUGCUACAACGGUCCGCGCAGCUUCACGCUGGCUGGAACCACGGCUGCUGUAGACGCAGUACAACUCCUCAUCCAUGGCAAAUUUCCCCAUAUAAGGAGCAAACGGCUCAGUGUGACCAAUGCAUUCCAUUCCAAGCUUGUUGAGAAAUUGUUGGAAGGCUUGGAGCAGAUUGGUAAGGGGAUAGAGUUCCAACCGCCUGUCAUCCCCAUCGAACGCGCCACAGAAGAGGCGAGCAAUGGAAAGUUGGAUUGGACCUUUGUUCGCCAACACAUGCGCCAGCCUGUCUAUUUCAACCAUGCAGUGCAGCGCUUGUCUAAGAAAUAUCCGCAAGCCAUCUUCUUGGAGGCUGGUUCGAACUCCACCAUCACGGUCAUGGCAGAACGGGCGCUGGCUCAGACUUCACAACGCGACCAACACUUCCAAAGCCUUUCCGUGACCAAUUGUGAGUCUGGCUUCGACGGCCUAACGAAUGCCACGGCCUCGCUGUGGAAACAGGGUCUACGGGUGAUGUUUUGGGCUCACCACCAGCUGCAGUCGCCCGAGUACACAACGUUGGUCCUGCCGCCGUACCAGUUCGACAAAUCAUCGUCCUCGCGGCACUGGCUUCCGAUCCAGUCUCCAUUGGAAGAAGUCAAGCGUAGAGCCGCCAGGGUGCUCCUAGAACAAAGCGUUUCACUUCCAAGAGAAGAGGAUCACAAGAGGCGAUUGGCGAUGUGGGACUUUAUCGGAUACCAGGACAGCAGCAAGAAGCAUUCCCGUUUCCGCAUCAACCCCAAAUCAGACCGUUACAUGGAACUCGUCUCGGCCCACGUAGUUGCCCACACGGCGCCCAUCUGCCCAGCUACGCUCGAAUUCGACAUAAUGAUUGAAGCCGUGCUCAGCCUCCAUCCGGAAUGGAAGGAGGCAGGCACCAUGCAGCCCGCCGUGCGUGACAUGGUCAACCACUCUCCUAUCUGCUUCGAUCCGUCGCGUGUCUUCUAUCUGGACCUGGUGGAGACUGAUCCUGGUCAGGAGUGGAAUGCCCGCUUCUUCAGCGUGGAAAAUGAAUCGGGUAGACAGGAUAUACAUGUGGAUGCAUGUGUGCAAGUGCGCUCGUUGGAAGACCGCCAAUAUACCAAGGAGUUUUCACAGUUGACUCGUUUGGUCAGUCACAGCCGGACUCAGGAACUUCUCCAUGCUCGCCUGGACGACGACGGGGUGGAAAUACUGCAAGGCCGCCAAGUAUAUCGGGCCUUUGGCAAGGUUGUGGACUAUUCCGACAUCUACCGCGGCGUGCGCUAUGUCGUGGGAUGCGGGAAUGAGUGCGCUGGCGUGGUGCAGCUGGAUACGAAGCACCGGCGCAGCGACACAUGGCUUGACGUGCCACUAAGUGACUCCUUUGCGCAGAUCGGUGGUAUGUGGACCAACCUCAUGAGUCCGGAGACGUCCACAGCGAGCGAUGACAUUUACAUUGCCAAGGGGGUUGAGUUGCUGAUGCGGGCACCAAGCCAUAAGAUGGCCGAGCAUGCUGCCAUCGAUAUGUGGCACGUGUAUGCGCGCCAUGCGCGACAGGGCGAGAAGUCCUACACUACGGACAUGUUCAUCUUCAAUCCCACGACGGGAGAGCUUGUUGAAGUCAUGCUGGGCGUACAAUGGGGCCGUGUGGCGAAGGCGUCCAUGAGCCGGAUGCUGCAGAUGAGGACCAAGGACGAGUCGGUUUUGCGCCUCAGCCCUGUGCCUAAUGUCCACUCACAUCAACCCAAGGCUGCUCCUCGGAGUGCUGAGAUCAACUCUGCGCCGGCAGGCAGCUCUUCCAAACAAAAGCCCUCGCCGAAGAGAAAGGCACAAUCUGGGUCAUCCUCAGUCCGACGAGAUAUGACGGACGAAGUGCGCAGCUUGGUAGCCCGUAUAACGGGGAUAGAAGCCAGCGAGCUGGAGCUGGAUGUCGAGAUUACCGACUAUGGCAUCGACUCGCUCAUGGGAAUGGAACUUGGGCGUGAGGUGGAGAGAAUGUUCAAAUGCACGUUGGAUCAGGCCCAGCAGAUGGAAGCUACGACGCUACGCAAGUUUGUGGCAUGCGUAGAGAACGCGCUGUUCGGCCAGGAUGCUUCUGAGGCUACCGAUGAGAGGCCCCCACCGACAGAACCGGAAAUGCGAUCAUCCAACGUGAAGUCCAAAGACAUGACGGAGGCAGUCCGUAACCUCGUCGCCACCGUGACAGGGCUGGACCCCAACGAAAUGCCACUUGAUGCCGAAAUCGCGGACUUCGGCAUCGACUCUCUUAUGGGCAUGGAGCUCGGCCGCGAGGUCGAAAGGGUCUUUGCAUGCACGCUGGAUCAGACUGAGCAGCUAAACGCCAAUACUCUGCGCAAGUUCGUCGUGUGUGUCGAGAACGCUGUGUUUAGGGAGAAGAAAGAAGUGACGAGAGAAGAGCAAGACCAGGAACAAUCUGGCGACGAAGAAGGCUUCUCGGGAAGCUCGUCGGCAGUUGUUCUUGUUGAGCACGACGCAGUCUUUUCAGACAGUUGGUCAGAGUCAAGCGCUCUUUUGACGCCGCCGCCGGAGGCGAAGCCAACGACAAGCCCGCUGGUGUUGUCGAUGUCGGAUGUUCUUACCUCGUUUGGCCAAGUAAAGCUAGCCACCGACCGGAGCCUUAGCGACUAUCACCUGGACCAGUUUGAGAGGUCCUACUUGGCUGAUAGCAACCGCCUCUGUACUGCCCUGGUCGUCGAGGCGUUUGACAAGCUUGGGUGCCAUCUUCGCACCUCUGCCGCUGGCCAACCACUGAACCGUGUACGGUUCGCCCCUGAGCACACCCGACUCGGACAAUGGUUGUACAACUUUUUGGAGAGAGAUGCGCGCCUGGUCGAUAUCAACCAUAGCACCGGGCAGGUGACGCGCACUUGGCUGACAGUGCCGCCUAAGACCAGCCAUGCGAUGCUGCAGGAUUUGCUGGCCCAGCAUCCUAACUUCGCCGCAGUCAGCCGGCUGACCUAUCACGUCGGUCAGCAGCUGGCGUCCGAGUUGAGCGGCAAGGCAGAUGGCCAGAGCGUCCUAUUUGGCAGUCCAGAUGGUUUAAAGUUGAUAGCGGCUCUGUAUACCGAGUUUCCGUUCUUCCGCGCUGGCUACUCCCAGAUGUGCGAAAUAGUGAAGGGUGUUCUCGAGCGCCUUCCUGCCAGCCACCAGGGAGAGACGUUCAGGGUGCUCGAGGUGGGAGGUGGGACCGGAGGACUGACGCGCGUCAUGGCGUCUCUUUUGGCAUCCCUGGAUCGGCCGGUUGAGUACACCUUCACGGAUGCAUCGCCCAUCAUGGUGGCUGACGCUCGCCGCCACUUGGAGCACCAGUACCCCUUUAUGCGCUUUGUUGUUCAUGACAUGGCGAACGUUGCUGGCCAAGAGCUGCGUGGACAACAUCUUGUGCUGGCCAACACCUCCUUUAAGGUGACAUCAUUGUCCAACGUGCGGCCUGUUUUGCGGUCGGACGGCUUCCUCGUGACAUUACAGAUGACCGGUGCCUUACCCUGGGCCUCUCUCAUCUUUGGCCUGCUCGAGGACGGGUUCCAGCAUGCGCCCGUGGCCCUUGAGCAUUGGGAACGCGAACUGCAUGCCGCCGGCUUUGGUCAUGUCGACUGGACCGAUGGAAACACAUCGGCCAAUGCGUACCAGAAGGUUAUCAUGGCCAUAGCUUCAGGCGGCCAGGGUCCGCGACUACCAAAGUCAUCAGCCCCAACAAAGGUAACAAGAGUUGACGAUGGUGCACGGACAACGGAGGUAGAGAGACUGGUGCAACAAUAUGCCAGUGGCUGGGCCACGCCACAAUUGCUUCGCUUCAAGGCAAAGAUGCAAGACAACGGCAGAGCACCCAACCGUGGCGCCGUUGUCCUCGUAACUGGUGCUACGGGAAGCUUGGGGUCACACAUUGUGCAAAAGCUGGCGGAAAACCCCUCCGUAGCCCAGGUCGUAUGCGUCAACCGCGAUUCCAUCAGCGUGCCCGCCCUCAAACGACAGCAAGACGCUUUCCAGGAAAGGAACAUUAAGUUGAAACCUGCAGCCCGCGCGAAGCUCCGUGUGCUGGCCACAGACACGGCCAAGGCGCAACUCGGCCUGCCUGUCCACGAAUACACCUGGCUCGUGCAAAAUAUCACUCACAUUAUCCACAAUGCCUGGCCGAUGAGCUGGACACGCACCGUCUCCGCAUUCGCGCCGCAGCUUCAGUCCAUGAGGAACCUGUUGGACCUGGCGCGCGAGGCGGCCAUAGCGCCUAGCCGGAACAGGGUCCUAGUCGGCUUUCAGUUUGUCUCGUCAAUUGGCGUCGUCGGCAACUCCGGCACUACUGGUCGCGUUCUCGAGCGCCGCCUCCCCGUCUCGGCCACGGUGCCUAUUGGGUACGCCGAGGCAAAAUGGGCCUGCGAGGCGCUCCUCGACGAAACCCUUCACAAGUUCCCUGCCCUGUUCCGUCCCCACGUGACCCGCCCGGGACAGAUUGCGGGCUCGUCAACGAGUGGCUAUUGGAACACUAUCGAGCACCUGCCCUUCUUCCUCAAGUCUGCUCAGGCCUUGGGCGUCUGGCCCGACCUGGACGGCAUCAUGCAGUGGGUGCCUGUCGAUCUCAGCGCGGGAGUCAUGGCCGAUCUCAUUUUGAACCCCGGCGCGUCUCACCCUGUCUACCACGUCGACAACCCCGUCGGCCAACAAUGGAAGGACAUGAACCGAGUCCUGGCCCGCGCUCUGGGCAUUCCUGAGUCGACCGAAUUUAUCCCCUUGAUAGACUGGGUCAAACGCGUCAGGGCCUCGCCUCUCGUGCCCGAGACAGAGAAUCCCGCCGCAAGACCUGGUAUGCCGGACUGGCUGGAGACCAACUUUGAACGGAUGGCCUGUGGGGGACUGAUUUUGAAUACCGAACGGGCCAAGGAGCAUAGCCGCACCAUGGCAAGGGAGGUCGGACCUGUCAGUCCGGAGAUGGUGUCCAGGUUUAUGGAUUAUUGGAGGAAAGUGGGCUUUCUGCAUUAA